CUAGGUAAGUCCAACUUCUACCGAGAGGUAAAUCGACGGAUUCAACUCGGUUGGGUAGCGUUCGGAAAAUUACGGCACAUCUUCUCGUCAGGUAUACCUCAAAACUUGAAAACGAGACUGUACAACCAGUGCGUGUUGCCAGUGAUGACCUAUGGAACUGAGACGUAGUCCUUCACUGCUGGCCGGAUGAGGAAGCUCAAGGACGCUCAGCGAGCUAUGGAGAGGGCUAUGCUCGGAGUUUCUCUGCGUGAUAAACUUAGAAAUGAGUAUAUCCGCAGUAGAACCAGAGUGACCGACAUAUCCCGAUUGUGUGUGAAGUGGCAAUGGGCCGGCCAUAUAGUUCAAAGAACCGACAACCGAUGGGGAUAAAAGGUUCUCGAGUGGCGGCCUCGUACCGGCGGACGAAGUGUAGGGCGUCCCCCCACUAGAUGGAGUGACGACCUGGUAAGACAUGCAGGAAGUCGAUGGAUGCAGGUGGCUUAGGACCGUGCUUUGUGGCAUUCCUUGGGGGAGGUCUAUGUUCAGCAGUGGACUUGUGCAAGGCUGUAAUGAAUGAAUGAAUGAAUGAAUUUAAAAAAGUCCCGCUGGGUUUCUUGCUGUUUCUUGCUUUCUUUUUGUUUUUUUUCCAAAUUAGUUGUAAAUCUUAAAUGACUUUUAAUAAGUAUUCUUGUAUUUUAUAUUUCAUAAAAACGAUUACAUUCUAUUCUAUUCUAUAAUUUAAACAUUUACUUACAGUGACAGAGCACAGAAAAGCUCAAACGAUGCCAAGGUUGUAAGGAAGAAUUCCUUAAAACGGAAACUGGAAGACGGUAGUGGCGAUAGUGCCGCAAUAAAUGGUGACCAACCAUCUACUUCCAAACGAAAGAGGUUUCCAGACCCCGGAGAAGGGAGUAGCCAAAGAAGGAAUGACAGGGGUGACUCAGAUGAUGAUUCUCACAGGAGGAGAAUACAUAGGAAUUCGUUCCGUGUGACGGUAUUUAGAACUAGAGUGAAUCGCGAAUACGAGAACAACGAAAGCCAGGAGGGUGAGUCUGAGAAUGUAAAAGAAAAUAAACAAAUAGAGAUCAGACAGAUCGGAUAUGGAAAUGACCAAAAUAAUGUCGAAGACAAAGCAAAAGAAGAGAAUGGAGAUCCAGAUAAAAAGUCUGAUGGAGAGGGUUCUUCGAGAGAUGGGAAUUCCGUUAAUAAUGGAGCUAGCACCUCUAACGAAUCUAAAGAGGCUUCGAACCACUCCGCACUCAGGGGAUACAUUUGCUUCCGUAGGAAGCAAAUGAAUCCCCUGAGAAACCCAGCUUAUCGUGAAAUCCCAGAACCCCAACCCCCACCGCAACAAGAAGGCGCCCAAGGGGAGCCAUUGCACCGUGUUCUAUAUGUGAACUUUGGACAGCCAAGUCAAAUUAUGUAUGGCUAUCCGAGGUACAUGAACUUUGUGUCCGAUAGAGUCAAUGUCUUCAGUCCCACACCCACACACCUGGACCCCUCGUCCCUCGUGUCCGACUCCUCAGUGAGAAGGUUUGGCCGCGCAGAUAACGAGGAUAUCAACUACGUACAUAUUGGACCCAACGGACCCGUUCAAGGAAACGGGGAGUCCUUUUCAAGACCGGAUCGCUCCAGUUUGAGGAUAUUAUCUAUGGUCGGUUACAGACACAUCACGGACAGGAGCUUGGUGCACUUGGCUACCGCUGCACCAUAUUUACAGGUUUUGGACUUCAGGGGAACAAGUGUUACCGCUCAGGGGGUGGCUAAUUUCAAAAACAUCAGGCCGGAUUGUGAGGUUAGGUUCGGUGAAAUUAAGGAAGAGUGAAAAAUGUGUUUUUUAGAAAGUGCUAAUUUAGCAAUCGGUUUAUUUAUGGUGAGUAAGAUUAAAUAACAACUAUAGCUAAAUUAUAUUUAAGGUAUAUCAUACCAUAGACAAAGUCUGUUAGUUUAGAAAUUGUAGAAAGUUUUGUAUUUAUGCAAUUGAAAGAACAUUGGCCACUCUCCUAACAUGUUUGGACUAGUUAAAUCUGAUAUAACGUAACUUGAUGAAACAUAUAACAAAGUAUAUGUUUCUUCAAGUAUAACAAGAGUACAGCAAUCAGUAUAUUUUUAAAAGUAUGGAGAAUGUAGUAAUUAUGCAACAUAUUUUUGAGGUUACCCCAUAUCAUCCGGUGGGUGUCGUAAAAGUUGACAGAAGGAAACCAAAACAGGAAAUGAGCAGCAGUAUCUUCCUAAUAACGACUAAAAAUAAAAAAAAAUUUAAACUGCGGUUGCCAACCCUCUUGUCAACCGUGGCAGCUAUGAUAAAUAUCCACCCUAUGAGAUAAUCUACGGGGGAGACAUAUGUUCAGCAGUGGACUUGAAUAGGCUGUAACGGUAAUAAUUAACAUAAGUUUAUACAGUUGCCGUUGUCUAGAAUUUAAUUUCGAUUCAGACACAAAAUUGAUUUAGACUAUAAAAAGAUAUGGAUGAAACUAUAGUGAUCAUAUCACAGUACGUUUUGUUAGAUUAUAUACUCUGUGACACCUAUGGACUUCUCUAGUAAAAUGUAGUUAUAUACUCUUUGCUUAGAAACGUAAACAAUGAGGGCUGGAGUUUUGGCGGGAACUUGACCUGCGGAAGAUUACUGCUCCUGUAUUAUGUUUAAAUAAUGGUUUCAAGUCGAUUCUGAUAUGUGAAAGUGGUGCUGUCUUGUGUAUUAAAUGUCUGCGCAUGUGAACUAUUCAGUGUGAACUCCGAUGGUGAUAUGAAUCUCAAGAUAAGGUGUCUGUCUGCUUAGUUGCCGUCAAUAUCUCCCAAAAACUACGCAAUGUGACGCAUCAACAUAUUGUAAAGCAGUAACUAUCAAGGAUUAUUAUCACUUGAUAAUGAGAUAAAUGAAGGCUUAAAGGACAAGCGUCCAAACCAAAUAUCUU